AUGCUGGGCAAAUACAUCGAGUACCCCUUCGACACAGUCAAGGUGCGCCUCCAGAGCCAGCCGGACCAGCUGCCCCUGCGCUACGCAGGCCCGUUCGACUGCUUCCGCCAGUUCCUCAAGUCCCACGGCGCGCUAGGCCUGUACCACGGCAUCAGCGUGCCGCUGGUCGGCGCCGCCUUCGAGACCAGCAGCCUGUUCGCCCUGGAAAGCGCAGGCCGCGAGGUGCUGUACGCGUGUGGGCUGGCGUCCCGAGACGAGCGGCUGCCGCUGCCGGCGCUCCUGGCCACGGGCGCCUUCGCGGGCGCCCUCGCCUCCUUCGUCCUCAACCCCGUCGAGCUGGUCAAGUGCCGGAUCCAGGCGCCGGGCGACGCCGCCGCGGGCCCCCUCGGCGUCAUCCGGGACGUGUUUCGCCACGGGGGGCUGCUCGGCUUCUGGCACGGCCAGGUGGGCACGCUGAUCAGGGAGACGGGCGGCGGCGCGGCUUGGUUCGGCGCCAAGGAGGCCGUGACGGCUGCGUUCUACGCCCGGGCACAACAGUCUGCCGCGUCGCCCUCGGAGAGGGGGGAUGUUCUGCGCAGGCCGCUACCGCUGUGGCAGCAGGCUGUGGCUGGCGCCUCGGCCGGCGUCUCGUACAACCUCUUGUUCUUCCCGGCCGACACUAUCAAGUCCCGGGUGCAGACGCGGGCCGGGGGCGGGCUGCGCGUGGUGGAGGAGCGUACCUUUUGGCGCGAAGGCCUGGCUCUUUGGCGGGGCUACGGGCUGCGCGGCUUGUAUCGCGGCUGUGGCAUCACAUGUCUCCGGUCCGCGCCUAGCUCGGCAUUCAUCUUUAUGUCGUUUGACGGGUUGAAACGUGUCUUUCCGCUGCAUUGA